CUGACGACCGCCCGGAAGUUACGCGCCUGUCCCCGGGAGCCUAUUCGGAGACUGGUCGUCGGCCUCAUGUGUGAGGUUUUGAGGAUUAGAUCGUUUUGGUGUGGAAAUAAUCCCUGGCAGUAGCUUGAGAUUUUUAAUACUGCUUAAUUUGGGUGCUUGACUUCUGGCUUAAACCAAACAGUGUAUGAAAAUGGAUACCCAGAAGGACUUGCAGCCUCCAAAGCAACAACCUAUGGUCUACAUUUGUGGAGAGUGUCACACUGAAAAUGAAAUUAAAGCAAGAGAUCCGAUCCGAUGCCGAGAAUGUGGUUACAGAAUAAUGUACAAGAAGAGAACAAAGAGAUUGGUUGUUUUUGAUGCCCGAUGAACUUUUUCUCUAAAGCAUUUACUCCUAGUUCUUGUUUCUUUCAAAAUCUAACUUCUAAAUUUCAGGAGAGAAGCCUUUUAAAUUUACUACAUUAGAAUUAAACAUUUAUUGUAUUUCUUGAAUGUUUCAAAUUGUACAGUGUUUUAUUUGAUAAAAUAAAUGUGAUAUUGGAACAAUCACUGAAUAAUCAACUACUCUGUACUUUUCCAUUCAAGAUUAAAGAUUAGCUUUAUUUGUCACAUG